UGCCCUGCCGAAAAAAGCCAGAGGUGAGGAACUGUUUGAGCAGAUCAUGUACCAUCUGGACAUUGUAGAGAAGGACUACUUCGGACUGCGCUUCAUGGAUUCGGCACAAGUGCCGCAUUGGCUUGAUGUCACCAAAAGCAUCAAAAAGCAAGUAAAAAUCGGCCCACCAUACUGCCUUCACAUGAGAGUCAAGUUCUACUCGUCAGAACCGAACAACCUGCACGAGGAGCUCACCAGAUACCUGUUUGUGCUACAGCUAAAGCAAGACAUCCUCAGUGGGAAGCUAGAAUGUCCGUUUGACACAGCGGUGGAGCUGGCGGCCUUCUCGCUACAGGCCGAGCUCGGAGACUGUGACCCAUUAGAGCAUAAUCUGGACCUGGUGUCAGAAUUUCGCUUCAUCCCUAACCAGACAGAGGACGUGGAGCUGGCCAUAUAUAACACAUGGAAGGAGUGCAGAGGUCAGACACCAGCCCAGGCUGAGAUUAACUACCUGAACAAAGCCAAGUGGUUGGAAAUGUACGGGGUUGACAUGCACAUGGUCAAGGCAAGAGAUGGUAAUGAGUACAGUCUGGGUUUGACACCGACUGGAGUGCUGGUGUUUGAAGGAGAAACCAAGAUUGGGCUCUUCUUCUGGCCCAAGAUUACCCGUCUGGAUUUUAAGAAGAGCAAACUGACGCUUGUGGUUGUGGAGGAUGACGAGCAGGGUAAAGAGCAGGAGCACACAUUUGUCUUCAGGAUGGACCACCCCAAGGCCUGUAAGCACCUGUGGAAGUGUGCUGUGGAACACCACGCUUUCUUCAGGUUGAGAGGGCCGGUACAGAAGAACUCUGCUCGCUCUGGAUUCAUACGCAUGGGAUCACGCUUCAGAUACAGUGGAAAGACGGAGUACCAGACGACCAAGGCCAACAAAGCAAGGCGCUCAGCCUCCUUUGAGAGGAGACCCAGCCGACGGUACUCCAGGAGAACCAUGCAGAACAGAGGACCGUUCAACCCCCAGGAGGUUCUUUCCUCAGGCAAUGGAGUGAGCUCCGGCAAAGACAAGGUGUCUCCAGGUAGAGGGGCCUGGUCAGGAGUGCCUGUGGUCGGCCCAGGAGCAGCUGCUGCCUGUGGACCAAUGGAAAUCGAGGCUCUACCCAGGAGUCCUGGAGGAGAAAAAAGAAGUUUGGUAGCUGACCUGAUGGAGACGUGCAUCGACGAUGUCCUGAGGGCUCCUGUUCCUACGGUGGCGACUCCGGAGGAAGCUGGACCGAGCGCUGCCUAUGCCGCCGCCAGUGUGACUGUGGACGAUCCACUCAGUCUGAGCGAAGCAGCAGCUCGUCUGAAACAGCUCGAGCUGGAGAGCAGUCCGCUUCUCGCUGCUCCGAGAAACAACGUCAACGUCAACAUGGCCAUGAACAACCAGGAGGAUGUGGUGAAGCUCACAGAGAAGUGCGGUCUGAACAGUGCAGGCAGCAGUCCGGCCGUCACGCCACUGCGCGCCCCAGACGAUCUGAAGAGCAACAUCUUGAAAGCUCAAGCCGAGGCUGCUGCCCUCAAGGGGCCAUUGGAGGAGCAUGUUGUGAUGGUUGGAGACAAAAACUGUAACCUGCAGGAAACCUCUGCCAGCAGCCGCCCCGACAUCCAGGACUCCUGGGACCUGCUCAAGCCAGCCUCCCUGGUCUGCUCUGCAGGGGCCAGCGCUGAGAGGUUAGCUGAAGAUUUCAGCCCCUCUGUUCCCAAGAUGCCCUCUGAGUCUGCCACUGAAGGUCUGGCACCAAAGGUCAAAGCAGAGGAGGUGGACCUGCAGCCCGCUGCUGCUCUGUCUGACAACCUGAUUGACUUCACUGAUCCAACUCCUGCGCUACCACCAGCGCAGCCGGCCAAACCUCUCAUCACACCUCGAUGGAUCAUUCCCACGACUGCUCCUCCCGGCGUCUUUACUAACGGCCUGCUCGACCUUGACCCCCCUCCUAAGGCCACCUGCCCUCUCCCUGCAGAUGGGGCAGCAGCUCUCACCCCAGCCCCUCCCCACCUCGCUCACACACGUACCUCUGCCAGCACUGUGGGUCAGCCGCCAGCCUCGGAGGAUGGAGCCAAACCCAGAGGUCUCUUGACCACUGAGCUCUGAUGAAGAAAUGAGUAGCCGGCAUCACAGCAUUCAUCUUCCUGACUGCUUUCCUACUUCACCGUCUCAGCCACCCACACACCAACAGGCUGGGUCAGGUGUGCUGGACGGACGCUGUGAGAAAGCUGAAAGGAAGAGGCAGCUUCCAAGCCCACAGUUCUAACCCCACACUGCCAGACAGAUGGACCAAGGCCACAGAUCAACAAUAGUAAACACCAUCGCAUGGCUUAGUUUGGUAAAAAGCAAACAUUUAGUUCCAGUCUUAACAUCUUAACGGCACCUAACUUGUGAUGUCCUGCUUGUGUUUCACCGUUAGUGACGUGCCAUUUACUGAACCCCUCCAGCCCACCACACCUCUGUCUCCUUCACCUUUGUUGAUGAGAAAAUGUUUGGUACAGAAGUCAACAUAUGUUGCAGAAAACCCAUGAGCCCCUGGCUAACGGCGUACCGUGACUCGAGCAGCAGGUCGUCUCUUUCGCUGCCCCAUCCCCCUUCCUGGAGUCACGCCGUCGUAGCGCUGGCGCUUUGAACCACUGGAUCUGUGUAGAGCUGCUGCAGUACACUGGAUGAAGGACUGAAAAGACAAGUGAUAAAAUGUUGAUUCUCCAAAACACAAUGGGACUCUUCACACGAGGAAACCCGUGGCUGUGAUACGCUGCUGUCCUUGCAGCCACCACAAAGCUUUUCUCAGUUCUCAUGUGUCUGUUGCAGCCGCUGGAUGUGAAGCUUCGCUGGAUUUUCUUUUCAACACUGGACCAUGAAAGAAUAUUUUUUUGCAAUGGAUGACGAUGAAGAACAUUUUUAUUAUCCUUUUUGUCUAUUUCUGGAGUUUUAAAAUGCCCAUCGCAGGACUUCUGGUACCAGCAUCACGCGGAUUCAACAUCUCACUGUUUUCGUCCCCCCUUUUUAAAACUCUAUCACAGCUUUUAAUUUAAAGUUUUAACAUUUCGUCUAAACCUUUCCCCUUUGUUUCACUUGUCCAGUAGCUUUCAUACAGAUUGAAAUGACCUUUUAAACUGGGCGUGUCGAUGCCAGAAGUCUAAGCUGUGUAGUUAACAAACUGCUGACUGGAGUUUAGGGAGCUGUGCAGACAUCCAGCUCCUUGGUCUUAAUGUCGUAGCAGCUACCUGCCUUAUGUCAAUGAAUGUGUUCAGAAGGUCUCAUCUAGGAAUGCUGGAGACGCUACGCUACCAAGACAUCACCUUUCCAGCCCUGCAGCUUGUUGAAGCCACUGUCGCUGACGUAGUUUAUAACUGGAGGAAAAUGUGAAAUAUCUUAAAAGCGCAUUUUGUACAUGUGUAAAGUCCUCCUACACGUUCUGACUCAUGAAGUAUACGACACUGACUCUUAAAUGGUAGCGUGUUAGUGCUCAUGCUUUUUUUAUCUCAUCAUGUAAUUACUACGUCUGGAGUUGUGUCUGUAGGUGUUUUCAGUGUGGCGAUGGUUUCACUGUGUCUUGAACACGUCUUAGCGGCGACAUGUAUGAAUGCUACUGCUCAGUGUCACUGUUCAGAUGUCACCUGUUGUCCAGAAGUGUUGUAGCGUACACCUGUCAUGUGCUGUCAGCCGAACGCCAUCAGCUGGCUGUAGGGACAACUAGACUAUUUUUUUAAAAUUACGUCGGCAGUAUAGUUUCUACGUUCUGAGGAAGAAUUUCGACUUUGAGGUGUUUUCCAAUGACAAAAGAGGUAGGAACCGUAUUACUGAUCAGACUGGAAACAUGCAGACAUCGUGAUGUCUCAAUGCAAUUUUAUAUAAACGUAUUUUUUUUCUGGGAUUCCUGAUGAUGAUUCAGUAAAGCUUUGCUACAGUAGGAGUCAA